AAGAUGCCGGGGGCUUCCACCGCUGCUUUGCGGAGGCUCCUGACGACAUACCCAGAGCCACACACGUGCGGGGCGCUGGGGGCGGGCCUCCCCUUUCGGUUUGGGGAAGGGAAGCCCUCCCCGCUCCGCCUCCAGCUCCACCCGCGCAAAAAGGGGCCGAAAGGAAACGAACCAGCCCGGCUGUGCGGAGCAUCGUGCGCAUUUCUCGCCGGAGUUUCCCAGGCAGGGCGUCUCCACGCGAUGCCCAGGCGGUUCCCCGGAGGAGCCGGAUCGCGGCGUCUCAUGCCGCCCGCUCGCCUCGUCGCCGCCUUCUUGCUCUCGCUGCGGGUCCUCGGGGCGGAGAGCCUCGGCCUCUACUCGCCCGAGGACCCGCUGGUGCAGCUGGCUACCACCACCUUGGAAAGCCGCGUCUUCAACGCCAGCGGCGCCUGGGUGGUCGAGUUUUACGCCUCCUGGUGCGGGCACUGCAAAGCUUUCGCCCCCGUUUGGAAAGGCUUGGCCAACGACGUCAAGGACUGGAGACCUGCUGUAAUGCUGGGAGCUAUAGAUUGUGCUGAUUUUUCCAAUAGGGACAUCUGCUAUAAGUUUGGAAUAAAGAGCUACCCUACUGUGAAGUUUUUCAAGAUGCUCUCCCAGAAACCUGAGGAUGGCAUACAAUUCAACAAUAAUAAAAAAACCAUUGUGUCUCUCAGAAGGACCAUAAUCGCUUUAAUGGAAAGUCAUGAAGAUACCUGGCCUUCUCCCAGACCACCUUUGCAUCCGACAAGUGUGACAGAACUUCGUGAUUUCUUUCUGGUAAACAACGUGACUUAUUUGGCCCUGAUAUUUGAGGAGGACGACUCCUUUUUGAGCAGAGAGGUAGUACUGGAUAUGUUCCAAUUUGAGAAUAUUGCAGUAAGGCGAGUGCUUCAGAGCAACGAAGAGCUAGUGAAGCAGUUCAACAUCACUACCUUUCCAUCUGGCCUCCUUGUGAUCAAUAAUGGCUCUUGCAGAAGCAUCCCUGGGUUGGGGGACUGGAGAUCUCAAUAUACUAAUUUCCUGCGGAACUUACCUGGGGUCUUCAGACGAGAUGUUUUCAUACCAACGGUGUCCCCCACCGCACAGACAACAACUCCUUUUACAAUUUGGAAAGUAGCAGACAAGAGGAAGAUAUACAUGGCUGAUUUAGAAUCUGCAGUGCUUUACACUUUAAGGAUGGAGGCUGCAGUAUUCCCCAGGCUUGAGGGAGAGCGACUCUUAGCUCUGAAGGAUUUUGUAUCUGUUUUGGUCCAGUAUUUUGCUGGGCGGUUAGUAGUCAAGAAUUACCUUUACAACCUGGAGCUGUGGCUGAGACCAAAGACAACUGUUUUGCAGAGUGAAUGGGAGGAAGCGCUAAAGAAUAAAAAAGAGUUUCCAAAUGCCACGUUACCUGAGAGACCUCACUGGGUAGGAUGUCAAGGAAGCGAACCUAAGUUCCGGCGUUUUCCAUGUGGACUCUGGACUCUCUUCCAUCACCUGACGGUUCAAGCAGCAUGUCAAAAACAGCCUGCACCCUCAGGCGUACCUGAAGUUCUUCCUACAAUGAGAGGCUACAUCCACAAUUUCUUUGGCUGCAGGAUGUGUGCAGAGCACUUUGAAGCGAUGGCAGCUGAGUCUAUGCAUGAAGUGAAGACCCGGGAUGAGGCCGUCCUUUGGCUCUGGUCAAGGCAUAACAGGGUCAACGCUCGUUUGGCAGGUACAACAAGUGAUGAUCCCAAAUUUCCCAAGAUCCAGUGGCCUCCCAAAAGCUUCUGCCCUUCAUGCCAUCACACCUCAACUGACAGUUCUCUGCAGGAUGGGGAAAAGUCUAUGUGGGAUGAGAAUCGUGUCUUGAUGUUUCUCAAAUGGCAUUUUUCUGGAAAAAAUAUUUACCUGGAUUCUCCCCUGGAGCCUCAGACAAGAAGUGGCCGAAGUGUUGCUCAGCAAAACGACGAAGCUGAGUGGAAGCUAGAAGGGGGAGGAAGAGGAGAAGAGGGCGACCAAGAUAAUCAAAAGGAGGCUGGGAAAGUAGGAAAGAAGAAAUUUGAUUUGGGAAAACCUGGUUCUCCGGAGUUGCAUAAACCAAGCAUUGUCAAGAUGAGCACAAAGGCAAAAGAAAUGGUGGAGGAUAUUGUUGAUCUUGAUACAUUUAGUGAGCAGCGUUUUAAGAGCAAAGCCUUGAAGCUGGCAAGACAGAUUAGCAUCAGGGAGAGGCGGGCUAAGAGGGACACCCGGCUGUUCCUGAUGGAGAAUGAGGCCCGGCGCUCACUUGAUUAUAUUAGAGAGUCCCUGCGGCAUAAGAAUUUGGGAGCCAGACAGUUCUCUGGCUUCCAAGUGGAAAAGGAGAAUACUUCGAAGAGAAACCAGUGGAUUUAUAUCCUGGGAAUGGGUUUCUCCCGGUUGGAUGUGAGCUUGUGUGUUCUCUUGUAUUUGCUUUCUUCUGUCUGCCUGUUGGGCAUGUACACCUUCUUCCGUAUGCGCAUGAAUUACCGGAAGGCCCGGUUAGGCUACUCAUUGACAUGAAAUUGAAGGAUCCAUUAGGUAAUGGAAGGGGUAUGUGCAUAUCAGCUUGAUUCGGUGAUCUUUCUCUAAGCUAACUAUUCCUCUACCGAAUAUGCACAGAUGCAAAAAUACACAGAUUAUAUAUUGGUUGGGAAGGGUGCAAAUUAGUAGAGUAUACUAGUAGAUCUCUUAAAAUGCAUGGAAAUUGCUAUUUCUAUAUAUAUGGAAGAGCACCUAGUGGACAGGCAAGUCUUAUUGUCACAGUUGCUAGAUCAUUUGUAUAUAUUUGUGAUUCUGUAUCAGAAUAAAAUAGCUAAGUGUAGUGCCAAAAGGGGCAUGGGGUCAUAUUUCAGAGCACAUGGUGACAGGCUGAUUGUCCGAGGAAUCGGGCUCUUUAUGGUUCUUGGUUUGUGAUGGCGGGAAAGGAUUAAUAAGCAGAAAGUAUUCAGAUCUUAUUAGAUAAAUGUAGUACAAUCGUCUUUUCGACAGCCAGAA